AUGAAUUAUUGUUCGAGAGAAAAUUUUUGGUUGUUAAUCAAUACAACUGAUCCUCUUAAUCAACUUCAAUGGUUAAUUCAAUGGUUACAAUAUGCUGAAGAUCAUGAAGAGAAAGUGCAUAUUAUUGGACAUCAUCCUCCACGUUCAUGUUUAGCAUCAUUUUCAUGGAAUUUUAAUAAGAUUGUUAAUCGAUAUGAGAACACAAUUGCUGGACAAUUUUAUGGACAUACACAUUUUGAUGAAUUUGUAAUAUUUUACGAUGAAAUUGAUCGACAACGUCCAGUAUCUAUGGCUUAUAUGGCACCAUCACUUACAACAAGUUCUUAUUUAAAUCCCGGUUAUCGUGUUUAUUCACUUGAUGGUGAUUAUGCAGGAAGUUCAUUUUGGGCACUCGAUCAUCGUACAGUGAUUAUGAAUUUAACUGCAACAAAUCUGUAUAAUAAAACAAUUUUUAUUGAUGAAUAUGACGCUCGUGAUGCAUAUCAAAUGGAAAAUUUAUUUCCAAAUGAUUGGAAUAAUCUUACUGAAAGAUUAAAAAAUGAUUUAGAUGGUCCAUUGAUGGGUUUAGCAUAUCAAUAUUAUACGAAAUCAUAUGCCCAUGGAAAUCAAUGUGAUCAUCAUUGUCGUCGUGGACUUUUAUGUAAUUUUAUAACAGCUCGAUCAGAUGAUAUACAUGCAUGUGAUGCAAUUCCUCCAUUCCAGUCAUAA